AAGCCCAGGUUGCAGCAUUCACUUUGAUUGAGUGCUGGACCAGCCGCCAUGUUUGAAGGUUUUGUGUACCAGCUGCUCGCCGGCUACUUGGGGCACUAUGUCAAAGACAUUCAAAGAGAGCAGCUCCGCAUUGGACUUUGGAGUGGCGUGGCACUCUUGGAAAAUGUCGAGAUUCGACUGGAAGCAUUUGACUACCUGCAAUUGCCAUUUGCAAUACAGUCAGGCACGAUUGGCAAGCUGCAACUGCAAGUCCCCUGGAAGCGCCUUGGCUGGGAUCCCAUCAUUGUUGCCCUGGAAGAUGUGGUAGUCACAUCAGGUCCUCGAGAAGAUGCUGAGUGGGAGGCGGGCCCGGCAGAGAAGCGGGCCCUUGCAGCCAAGAAGGCAAAGCUGGCCGCGGCGGAGAUCCGGAAGCUGUCAGAGCGCGUCUCAGAGGACAAGUCGGGCCAGUCCUUCAUGUCCUAUCUGUCCGCAAAGAUCAUCGACAACGUACAGGUUGCCGUCAAGAACAUCCACAUCAAGUACGAGGACCCGCAUACGCACCCCGAGGGCCCCUUCUGCUUUGGCAUUGUGCUGUCGGGGCUAAACCUGCGGAGCGCCGAAGGAUGGCAACUCUCUCCUACUGCAAGCAGCCCAACCGCGUCCGGCAAGAAAGGCGCUUCCAACUUCGUGCACAAGAUGAUCGAGGUGGACCGCCUUGGAGCCUACUGGAACUCCCAGAGCGAUCUUCGGGAGAAGCAGCGCCGCCGUGCCAGGGGGGCCGGUUUGCCCGAGCCUGAGCCCCCCCUGGAGGAGUACGCAUACCUAAUGCGCCCAGUGGACGUCAAGAUCAAACUGGCGAUCAACAAGAGUGCCGUCCUGGACAAAAGCACGCCACAGCACAGCGUCUUGGUCGAUGUCGAAGGGCUGUCGUUCGCGUUGGAGGAGCUUCAGUUCCAAGAGAUGCUGCUGCUGCUGGACGCCAUGUCGAUAUACGACCUGCGAGAAAAGUACGGCAAAUAUCGCCCCAAUGCCGAGCUGAUUGCGCGCCCUAGGGGAGGCACGUGGCAGCGUGCCUGGUGGCAAUACGCUAUCAACGCCGUCCUUUCGGACAUCCACGCUAAGAUCUACCGGCCCACGUGGCGCUACCUCUCGUGGCGCAGAGACAUGCGGAAGCGGUACGUGGCCAUAUACAAGAAGAAACUGGACCGAGUGAGGCACGGCCAGGCACCCGACAGCGUAGACUCGGCGCAGUUGGAGAAGAUGGAGGAGAAACUAGACGUGGAGGACAUCACCUUCUUCCGCUCGUGGGCGGAAGGCCAGAUGAAGGUCGAGGCAGCUGCACUGAGCCGGCGCGAGAGCGCGGAGUCCCCGGGGGCGGAGCACACGCGGGAACAGCAGGGCUGGCUGAGCUGGGUGUCGUGGGGGCUGCUCGGGGCGGGCGGCUCCUCCAUCGACGCCGGGGGGUUCACGGGGGCCAUCUCCGACAAGGAUCUCAAGGAGCUGUACAAGGCGAUGGACUUUUACCCGAGUCUUUACGCGGAGGACUCGGCGUGGCCUAAGGAGUAUUGCCACACCUCGCUUGCGCUCACCGUCCAGGAGGCGCUCUUCGCCCUCCGGAGCUCGUACUCGAAGCGCGACAUCAUGCGGGCCUCGUUGCUGUCCGCUGACGUCAGCGUGCGGAUGCGGCGGGACUCGACGAGCGUGUCGCUGACGCUGGGCUCCCUGGAGGCGGAGGACCUGUGCAGCCCUGGCAGCACCUUCUCGCGCAUCGUCUGCCCCAAGAAUUCCGCGGCGCCGAUUCCGCUGGAUAGCACGGACGCGUCCAGCCUGCUGAAGCUGAGCCGCAGCCACAGCUACACGGUCGAGAGCCCGACCGGGAGUUGGGCCAAUUUGGAGACGCUCGGACGUACGGACGAGCCCGCGCUGCCGCUCGUCCGGAUCGAGGCCGAGCUGCACCCUGAGGAGCUCAACGUAGACGUCCGCGUACUGGUCGCCAUCCAGCCGCUAGAGAUUGUGUACAGCCCGGCUUUCAUCAAGAGGGCGGCCAUGUUCUUCAACCACCCCGCCAGCAUUCAAACCCACCAAGAGCUGGUCGUCUCCGCUCUAAACGGCCUGGAGAACCUCCGAGCGCGGACCAUCUCCAAGGCAGAGUACGUCUUCUCGACGCGGAUGCGAACGUCGUUCCAGAUCAACGUGCACGCCCCGCUGCUGAUCAUACCCGAGGCGGGCCAAGAAACGGGCUCUACUCUGCUGGUGGUGGACUUUGGUCUGCUCCAGCUUACAUCCGGCGUCCAGCCUCAGAUGGGCCCGGGCUUUUCUCGGGGCACAAGCGGCGACGGCUCCGCCUCUCGGCGCAUGACGGGGCCGGGCGUCGGGCCAUGGUCACAGGAGGAGCUGCGGGACUUGGAGCCGGGCAUGAAGCGCAGCGCGAGCUUCCCUGGGGCGCGGAGGUUGGACAGCUUGCCACGUGGCAGCCCAGACGCCCAAAACAGCAUCCUAAAGGAGAUCACUGACAGCGCUCUCUACGACCGCUUUCACUUCGAAGUGAAGGACCUACAGAUUGCGGUGGCCCGUCAGUCCAGCGACUGGCGCGCCAUUCUGGAGCAGGACGGGUGGGACGCGCGCGUGCACCUCGUCAACCGCUUCGACCUCAAGCUCAUCAUUGACACCAGCUCGCUGCCCUCCGACACCACCAUCACGCGAACCAAGAUCCUGGGCAACCUCCCGACGGUGUACCUCCACCUGUCCGUCUGCAAGCUCCAGUCCCUGAGCGCGGUUCUCGACAGCUUGACCCGCCCCGAGGCGCAGCCCACGUCAAACCUUGCGUCGAGCAUCCUCAGCGCAACCCCUCCAGGUCCUCCUUCCGGGCUCCCCUCAUUCACACCCCCGCCCGCGCAAUGGGCUCUCAGCCCCUACGAAACGCCGUCAGCCGUCGAGACGGGGGCCGCUCGGAGGAGCGAGAGACUAAGCUUCGUGGAACCCAAGGGGGGGGUAAAGGAAACGGGGGACGCGGAGGGGCAGGCCCCCCUGGUAGAGUUAAGGUUGUGCGUGGAGGCGGCGGCGGUCGAAGUGAGCCUGGGGGAGGCGCUAGUGCCAACUGUGGUAGGGGGAGGUGGAUUCGUGGAUGGGAAGGUCGUGCUGCAGCUCAGCGGGGCCUGCAUCGGGUUCAAGCAACUGCCGCUCCGGAGCACCCUCGACCUCACGCUGGCUUCCUGUCACAUCGAAGACUUCUCCAAACCCCUGUACAGCGCACAGCGCUUCCUGCUGCAGCCUUCUCCCUCCAAGCAACAAUCUCCGCUAUCCCCAGACAUCCCCAGAUCGCAGCAAACUCCAGAAAUGCGAGAACCCUUCGACUCGGACGCCCCUUUUGGAAGCGACUCCAGCGUCGUUUCCUUUCGUCUUGGUUCCGCUGAGGAUCCGGACGGAACUUCCGUGUCCGAGUUCAGCGUCCGACUUGCGGAGUUUGUCUUCCAAUGCAACCGCGCAACGCUCGCCGCAAUAACAGCGUUCGCUCAAGCCGUGGGUGCGACCGAAGUUCCAGUCACCCCCAAUAAUGAGCACGCAUCUGCCCGCCCCGAGGCUCUCGCGAGCAUCGGCGAAGCACCGACUAGUCCAAAAGCCAGCACUUUUGUAAAUAGCAGCUCGCCCUUCAUCACUCCGGUAAAACCUGGACUGUUUGAUGUCCAGUCGACGGCUUCCGACGUGCCACGUGGCAGGCAGACCGCGGCUGGCAGCGUGGCAAUCGAACGGCUUGAGGUGCAUUUCAACGCGGCGGAUGAAACGCUGGGGGUAAUAAUCGCGGAAGGGGCGGAGAUACUGGUAGAUAUCGAAACACUGGGCACGGACGUCCGAUGGCUGACACGUGGCGCGUUUGGACGGCUGUUGUUGGACGCCCCUGUCGAGGGUCGGGGCGUGAUGCGCCUCUGGGACGCAGUGCCGAAUGCGGACAGCUGUCGCAACUGUCUCUCGGUCGGGACUCUGCCGCUGGAAAGCUGCCGAAGCAAAGGAAAGAGCGACGGAACAGUGGGAACGGAAGGCGACGGAGCGGAAGCCUCGACGUUUAGGAGUGGCGGAGAAAGUGGACAGGAGGUUGCUGAAGUGGAUGGCAGUCGGAAAACAAGGGGUCCCGCAACGACCGCAAAAGCGAAGAGCGAUGAACCUGGAAUUUCCGAGAGGUUCGAGGCAGCCGCUGAUUCGGAAGUUCCAAAGUUAAGUGCAACCCCGGAGGUUGAGGAGCUUCUCAGAGGUGAAGCUGACGAAAGUGUGGCGGCGCCGAACGAAUUGAGGAUCGCUGUAACCGUUCAACAAGUUCAUGCGAUCCUCUUCGGCACGUUCAUAACGAGAGCCACCGCAUACUUCACGCACGAAGAGUGGGCAUCGGGGCACAUCUUUGCUGACGACACUCCAACGCUCUCCGGGCUGUCGGAAGACGUCAUCUUAUCGGUACCAGAGGACGAGAGCUCUUCUUCGGAAAAGAGCUUAACCGUCGUGUACCAGUUCUCAAUAACGGAUUGUAUCCUAGACCUGCCGAGCACGCUAGAGGAGCCCCAAAGUAGAAUCUUCCCCCAGGUUGCGCUGCCCCAACUGACGGUCGGCUUUCUUCUCCUGGGGGACACGUGUACGGCUGAGGAUGCGCCGCAGCUGUCAAUGUCGCUGAGCGUGGAGGGGCGGGGGCUGUCUCUUACGACUUGGGACGAUGGGGUUCCAGGACAGGGGGGGUGGAAAGCGGGGACUGGUGGGGGGGGGCAGGAGCGAGACGGUGCCAGGGAAAAAGCGCUCGGGGGGCUCAUUGAUGGGCUGAAUGCGAGCCUGGGGAUGAAGUGGUUCACGGAACGGAGGGAUAGAGAUUCCCCCCCGAUGGAGGUGGCCUUUGACUCGCCAGGCUUGCAGGUUAACCUGACCAAGAACGACGUGGCCAUCCUGUCGGCCAUUCUCGAGCACAACCUUCUCAAGAUGGACUUUACCUCCUCCGCCCCCGACGGGUCCCCCCGUUCACCGAGCCCCCUAGGAGACUUCCCCUCCCAAAUCGAAGAGGCCCUGUUGAUGCCGGUCGGGCCGGACCAGAUAACUGUCGUUUCUCCAAAGAGCCUCUCCAGCAAGGCCUCGCUCGGAGACGGAACUCCGGGAAGCAGCCAAGGCCUUUUUCUCGAUGCUUCUGUCAUUUCCGAGGGACAAGAUCGCGGUCGGGGGAUCGACGACACGGCCUCGACCUCGGUGCGAGCGGGGGUCGGUUGCCUGCUCGUUUCUUUCCGGGGGGGCAAAAACGAGCAGGACAAGCGCCCCCCGGCCGUCGUUGCGCUGAGGGGCCUCGGGCUGGUGGCUGACGUGGGCGAGCGAUCCGGCAACGUGCAGCUGACCUGGGGUGACGUCACCCUGGGCAAGCAGGGCUCGCCGGUAGCUGGGGAACCUGGAAGUGACACGUGGCUCGACGAGGAGGGGGAGCGCCUGCUGCGGCUUCGGGCGUCCGGAGCGGAGGAGGGCGUCCGCUUUUCGUGGGGAAGGGCAGAAGUCCGUUCUGCUGACGUUAGCGGUAGCUUGAUGGAAGAAAGCGUUUCUGCACCCGAGUCGGAACGGUCUUCGACGGGUGCAGAAAGUUCCUCGGAUGUCCGAAUGAGAGUUGGCCUGCCGGAAGCGUCCGUGUGGCUUGCGGUCGAGGAUUGGACGGAGUCCGUUGCAGCGAUCUCCGCCUGCUUUGAAAUACCAAUUGGAGGGAAAUCUGAUUCAGAGGGGAAGGAUGCUGAUGUGCCAAGCUCGAAACAGAAUCCGACUGACGAUCUCAAAGGGAAGGAAGGAGCUACAUCAGGGAGCCGGGUUAAAGUCGACGUUAGCGCGCCGCUGCUAAAAUUCAUACUGCCGAACGGAAGGAAGGAGUGGGAUGGGGCGGGCUUUGAGGAGCACACCGCCGAGGCGGGGUUUGAGGGGAUGAGAUUUGACGGUUCAAGAAACGGCGCCUCUGUAUACGACAGCGACAGCGAACCUGACGAGAUCGUGAACCCUCGGACCGCCCAUUCCAUUCCGCAACGCCUCUUCUCCGGACAAUUCGGACCGCAGAACACGUGGCAAGCGGACGGCCCAAAGCGGUCCGCCCAGACCGUCCACAAGUCUGUCGUCCUGACGCUGGACGUCCGGGCGGGCGCUCAACGGGAGGCUGCCACGUGGCAUCUCGACGCUGCCGUCGAGCAGGCGCUGCUGACCGCCGAGACACGUCAGCAGGGGAAGCCCGUCUCCGCUCUUCCGCUCCUCCGCCUGGCGACGCUGCACGCCAACGCCAAAGCGUUCGUCGUCGGAAUCGACGACGUUAGCAGCCUUUCUGCUGACGUGGACGCUGACGUCAGCCUCGGCGCGGUCGAGUCGUGGUGCUCCUUCCCCAUCCUGCGGUUCUUCCGGGACUUUGGAGUCGAGGGCGGCGGGGCCCCCGCAAACGACGGGCCGCUGGCGGUGCGCGGGCGGCUGACGGGAAGGCUCGGGAGGGCCUCGUUUCUGCUGAGCGACUGUAGGUGGUACAACAAUGCGCCCAUCGUAGAGCUUCUGCUGUCCGAGCUCCGCCUCACCGCUGGAACGGACGUCCGGAACAGCUCGCUGUCCGUGACUGCGGACAUAGUGGCCAACUAUCACAACAUCGAAAAGGUUGCAUGGGAGCCUCUUGUGGAGCCGUACUCGUUCAUUCUCGAAGUCGAUCGAAGCGCCAACGAAGCAACGAGCGGGAAGGUUGAGUCGCAGACUCAGGUCCAUCUGGUUUCAAGGAGCAUGUUGAACGUCAAUAUCACAGAAGGCCUGGUUAAGGCGGCGAUGCGUGCCAGCGAGGUCGUUCGGGAGGGCCUCGAGUACAGCUAUGACGACGAGGGAAGCCACGCUGGAAGCUUCGACGAGGGCCCCACGGGCGCCACCCACAAGCGCCGCUACGCCCCCUACUGGCUCAAAAACGACACGGGCGUCACCCUGCGCUACUGGCUCAGCAGCUCGCGAACCUUUACCGGGACCGUUACCACCUCGGCAACGGUUCCUCCGGGCAAGUCCGCGCCGAUAUACGUGGAGGAGGACCCGGGCGAGGGGCGGGGGUUGGGUUUGGGGCUUAACCCGUUUGGGCACGUGCAGCACCGAAUGAUUCAGGUUCAGCUGGAGGGCUCGGGGGUUCGGUCUGACCCGAUGUCGAUUGACCGUGUGGGAGGCCACGUGUUCCCAGUUGUAUUCACGUCAUCGCACGGGAUGCGGGAAGACCGGCUCGCUCGACAGUCGAGCGCCUUCCCUGUAAUCUCUCGAGCCAGUAGGGUCGGGACUCCGCUCGGGAGGCAAUUAAGCGAGUUCCCCAUGACGUCAUCGAGCUCGAGCGAUGACGUCAGAGUAGGCGGGCGGGUUAUCUCGGGCUUGUCGCUGGAGCGGACGGCUUCGGGGGUGCCACCGAAAAGCAGCGGACACUUCCGGACGCAUGUCGUGUGCGACGUGCAGCUGCGGCGCUACAGCAAGAUGGUUGUCUUCAAAUCCCUGGUCGCCCUCACGAACAAGACAUCCGUGCCCCUCGACCUCUGCUUCGAGAUGCCCUUCGCGCUCGAGGGCAAGGUACUCGGCCCCAUUCCUCCAGGGCAACCGUUCCCCUUCCCUAUUCACCAGGCGGGCGGCUCUGGCCGCGUCCGCUGGCGUCCCUCGGGCGACACCCACUUCUGGAGCGAAGCCCAGGCCCUGUCCAACCUUUUCAAGACCCCGGAGUCCGGCUCCAGAGGCGCCGACACCCACGUUACGAGGCCUCACCGGAGCAUCGUGUGCGCCCCAAACCGCCCACAAGGCAAACCGUUCCGCUUUUGCAUGGACGUCGCCAGCUCCGAACUGCCCACAACCAGCGGUUUAGAAACGGUCUCUUCGACCGGGCGGAAGAAGGGCCGGCGAGGACUGGGUUCUCAAGGUGGGGAAGACGGGCCGUGGAGGACGUGGGAAGUGAAGCUGCUGCCGCCGGUGGUUAUUGAAAACUGGCUGCCGUGCGCGGUGGCGGUCUCCGUGGAAGCCGGCGGAGUGACACUGGCCGACAACACUAGAAUCGCCAAGGGCCAGUCUGCGCACAUCUUCGAGGCGGACAGCCAUCAGGAGCUACGGCUCACCUUCAAGCCCGCCGGAUUCGGCGCCACGAGCGUCGUCACGCUUCCACGUGUCGUCCCAAACUCGCACGAAACGGACGGCCUCGAGGGCCUCUCGUCGAUGGAGGUCCUGGAGCUGACGGCGGAGCACUCAGGCGCCAAGGUCACUGUUGAGCUCGAAACGACCGUAAGCCUCCUCUCGGGAACCCGUAACCUCUUCCUCUCCUGCGGCUACUGGCUCUUCAACUGCACCGACUUGCAACUCGUCUUCCAAGACGCGUCCGCAUCCCGUUCGGACGUUUCCCGCGAGCAACCCCUCCCCCCGCCCCCCCGACGCUCCCCCUUGGGGAGCCAGUUCCGAAACCCCCCCGGUUUAGAGGGCGCGAUCAAAACCCCCACGGAGGCCGACGAGCCCUUCGAGCGCAAGCGCUCGUGGCCUGACGCGGCGGGGCUCGAAGCCGCGCUCACCACGAUCCCGGAAAGCGAAACCGUCCGAAUUGGACACGGGUCCGACACGCCAAGUGUCCGCAGCAGUGUGAAUGCGUCCGGGCUGGAGCCGGGCACCCCGUCGCUAUCGAGAGAAAGCUCGUUCGCGCUCUCGUCGGUGUUUGGAGCGUCAAGCCCCGGGAAAAAGGUGAUUCGACAAGGGGCGAACGCGUCGGCGAGCAUCUUGCCCCCCGGUAGCCGCCAGCAAAGCCCCGGUUCUCAGUUGCACACACCAAAGGCCCGGUCGCGGCUCGGGAAACAAGACUCGUUCACUCCGACGGGCAUGCGGGAAGGGUCCGAGUACAGUUUCGGGGGGGUGGACACACCCGCCAGCAGCAGGCCGGGCAGCCCCUUCUCAUACGCCAACUUCGCCAGCACCUCCCGGUUUGGCGGCAACGGUUCGUUGUACGGUAACGGUUCGAUUUACGGCACACGUUCCCUGCAAGGCGCCCGGAGCUUGUCCGGGUUUGCGCCUGGUGCGGACCUCCAAGCCGUCAUGUACGGACGUCCGCCGAGGGGGGAUGCGGACGAGCCCCAGCUCAAGAUACGGGUCAUGAAGCCGGCCAAGCGGGGCUCUGGCACUGGACACGUGGCGGCGUCGGAAUGGUCGAAGCCGUUUGGGCUCGAUCCGGCCGGGGGGGUCAGCGUGGUGUACAUUCCAAGGUGGAAAAAGGGGGGGCUUUACGUGAUGGCCGUGUCGAGCAUUCCGGCGAUGGGGGCCUGCGUCAGCAGGACGAAAACUGUCACGGUCCGGCCUCGGUACGUUCUUGUAAAUGCCCUGCACCGUGACCUGGUGUACAAGCAGCAGGGCACGGAGUCAUACCAGCAUCUGGCAGCCGGCCAACACCGCCCCUUUCACUGGACCGACGUCAAAAGGAACUUUCGGGUGUGCCUCCGCUUUGACGAAAACGGGUGGGACUGGUCGGGGGGCUUUGCUCCUGACCAGCUAGGUGACAUCUUGCUCAAGAUGCGUCAGCAAAGCAACCGGGCAAUCACCAUGGUUCGAGUUGACGUCAGCUGUCCCGACCCCCCGGAAGGGGACGGUCCGGGAAAGAUGGCUGGAGGUGGCAGCCGGGGAGUGGGUACGUGCGUAGUGGUCAUCUCGGAGGACCGGGGGGGUUUCGUGCCGUACAGGAUUGAGAACUUUUCGACGGAGACGGUCCGCUUCCACCAAGAGCGCUGCGAGGAAGCGGACGACCUGCUCCGUCCGUACAGCUCGUGUUUGUACGCCUGGGACGAGCCCUGCCGCCCGCACCGCCUCGUCAUGACGGUGCCCGGCGCGAGCAAACUGGGCACCUUCAGUCUGGACACCGUGUGGGAGUACCCCCGGUUACACCUCUCGGCGACCACACAGCGGCCUGAGCGGACGCUGCAGGUCGCGGUUCGUGCUGACGGCCCCACGCGUGUCAUCAGCGUAUCUGACGUCAGCAUGCACUCCUGGGAGGAGCCGGAGGGCAGCGGCGCCGGCUCUUCUUGGGCGGGCAAGGGGGAGCGGCCGGGGGAAGCCGCCGGGCCAUCAGACAUGACCUUGGAAGUGACUGUGAAGGUGGCCGGGGUGGGGGUGUCGGUGAUUGAUAGUCGGCCGCAGGAGCUACUGUACGGGUGCACACGCGGCGUCAGCAUCCGCUUCGUCCGCGGUACGCACGAGCAAAUGGCCGAGUUCCACGUGGCAAGCCUCCAGCUUGACAACCAAUUGCGGCACGCCACGUACCCCGUCCUCCUGUCUACUUCCGAACCAGAGACGUCAGCCCCAGCGGGGGCGACACAAAGCUCUGAGUUACAGGAACGGGUCGCCGCUCUUUCUGGGCGGGUGAUGCACUGGCGGCGACAGACGGGGUCGGUAGACUGCUUCCGACUAGUGUCACUAAGGGUGGCGCCUCUGCGGCUGGAGAUCGAGGAGCGCCUCGUCGCCCGCAUCGUGGAGUUCGCGAGCGCCCUCCAGGCCGACUCCCUAAACCCCAAACCCUCCGCGCUCGCGCAUCCUCUGGACGAGUCCGACAGCGGCUCCUUUGCGGACCUCGCGGCCGCGUUUACACCAAAUGCCACGCCCAUUCACACCAGCGGGCCCGGCAGCGUUGCUAGCGGGGCGUCUACGGGGCACUCAGAGGGCGUCCUUACUGGCGCAGCAGGUGGGCUGUCGAGCGUGGUGUUGACGGGGCACUCCGAGGGCAGCGGGUGCGGCCCGCAGGCGGCGGCGGUGGCUUUCGUGGGCGGCCCCAACUGGGAUGUCUGGACGCUGGUCAAGGACCGGAGGAAGAUAUACAUUGAAACGCUCCACAUCCACGCCGUCGACUUGACCAUCAGUUUCGUGAGCGCGCCCUGGUUACCCUGGGAGAUCCGCGGGGCCGCUGCGAGGGGCAUGUUAGGAGGGGCGGGGAUCGCUAUCCAGCGGAGGGUAAUGGCUCUUGCCGACCUUGAAGGCGCCCCCGUGCAUCUCGGCCCACUGACUUUGGAGCAUCCGCUGGCGAGCUAUGGCACGCUGUGGGGUAUGGGCUCCCGCCACUACACGCGCCAAGUGCUGCAAGGGGUCUACAAGGUGCUGGGCUCCGCCGACUUCCUGGGCAACCCGGUGGGCUUCUUCCAAAGCGUGGGCUCCGGCCUUUGGGACUUCGUCACCACGCCGGCGACCAGCCUCGCGCAGAACCCCGGCCAGUUCACGGCAGGCGUCGCGGAGGGCACCCGCAGCCUGUUGAGCAACACGGUCUUCGCCUUCAGUAACGCCGCCACGCGCCUCAGCGGAGCCGCGCGCAAGGGCGUUCAAACGUGGGCGCUGGACCGGGAGUACAUUGAGGAGAUGGAACGGCGGCGGCGCGAGGAGAACGGCGGGGGCGUCUUGCGCGCCAUUCUCGAGGGCUUGACCGGGGUGCUGGAGCAACCGGUGAGGGGCGCGGAGAGCAGCGGCUUGGCAGGGAUGGUCACCGGCACCGCCAAAGGGCUGGUCGGUCUAGUCGCCAAGCCGACCGCCAGCAUUCUCGAGCUCGCGAGCCGCACCGCGCAAAGUAUCCGCAAUGCGACCCGCCGCAGCCUCGCGCGCGCCAUGCGCGUGCGCCCCCCCCGCCAAAUCAGCGCGGACGCCCCGCUGACGAAGUAUUUGCGGGAGGAGGCGGUGGGGCGGGCGGUGCUACUGGAAGCGGAGGGGGGGUGGUACGGAAACGAGGUGUUCAGCCAAUGCUUUCCCCUCGCAGAACCGGGCGAGUUCCUCGUUCUGUCCGAAUCCCGAGUCCUUUCCGUCGAGAGCGCGAGCUACCGACCGGCGGCAAAAACAUCGGACACUUGCCCCGGGCGCGAGUGGACUGUCCAGUGGGACAUCGCCUUUACGGACGUCCUACACGUCCAGUCGCGGGGAAAGGCACUCCGGAUACUCGCCAUGUCGCCAACCCUGACGUCAAAGCCAGCAAAAACGCCCGUGCUGGGAACGCCACCAAAGUCGGCGGGCGCCGCACCAUAUGUGCAUAGAGAGAUCAGCUUCGAGGAGGAGGGCGCGGCGGAGUAUCUGCGUAAGCAUUUGUCAGAGCACGCGAAUAGGAGCCACAGCGGUCAUGGGCUAGGACAGGGAGCUUUGCUUCCGAAAGAAAGCGUCGAAUGAAAACUCACGAUAGAAUUCUAGGCCGAUAGAAGGUAAUGUUGCUGCAAGUGAUCUUAAUCGAGCUGAGGCAAAAGGCCAGGUAGAAAUACUCACGAUGGGGUCACUCUAAGGUGAUCUGUGUCUUGUAUUUUUCUCUGUCCAAAUAAACUCCGGCCUCGUGGCAGAUACUUGGUAACCUUCGAGAAUUUUAC